AUGGCGCCACCAAAAGAAAAGAAACAAAAGCUUAGCACAUCUGAAACCGUAAGUCCAUCUCUCUCAAAGAAGGAUCUAAAGAAGAAAAAGAAGAAGAAGAAGAAGGCGAGCCAAUCACUAAUAACCACCACAAGUCCCUCUCACUCAGAGAAGGAAUUGGCAACCCUAAGUCCCUCUCCAAUCUCAAAGGUCAAUGUGGGAAAAGCCAUGAAGAAUCAAAACGACGUUGCUAUGUUUCUUGCGGAUAAAGUAAUCUCUGCCGUAGCUGAAAACUCAAACUUCGUUUUCUCUCCUGCAUCAGUCAACGCCGCUCUCACCAUUGUCGCAACUAGCUCAGAAGACGAAACAGUAAGAUCAUCCAUCUUAUCCUUCCUUAAGUCCUAUUCAAUGGAUGAGCUCAAAGCUGUCUACAGCGAGAUCGCUACCAAAGUCCUCGCCGACGGAAGCGCAAGCGGUGGCCCUAAAAUCUCGAACAUCAAUGGAGUGUGGAAGGAGCAGUCGCUAGGUGUUGAUCCCUUGUUGAAGGAUCUCUUUGAGAAUUACUUCAAGGCUCCUUGCGCUCUAGUUGAUUUCAGAUUCAAGGCUGAAGAAGUGCGCAAGGAGGUGAAUGCUUGGGCUUCAAGGCACACGAAUGGUCUCAUCAAAGAUAUUCUUCCUCCUGGAUCCGUUACAAGAGACACCGAUUCUAUAUUUGGAAAUGCACUCUACUUCAAAGGAACCUGGGAAGAAAAAUUCCCAAAGUCUUUGACAAGAGACCAAAAGUUUCACCUUCUCAAUGGUGGAUCAGUCACUGUGCCUUUCAUGAUGAGCCAUAAGAUGCAAUACAUUGAGCAGUACAACGGUUUUAAGGUCCUUAAGCUGCCAUUUCGACAAUCUGGUGACAUGAAUCGCCAAUUCUCAAUGUAUUUCUAUCUACCAGACGCCAAAGAUGGAUUGAAUAGUCUGGUCAAGAGGGUGGCAUCAUCCAAAGCUGAUGGGUUCUUGGAUAGUCACACUCCAUGGAAACAAGUUGAAGUUGGCCAGUUCAGAAUCCCAAAGUUUAAGAUCGAUUUCGGGUUUAAGGCUUCAAGGGCUUUCGAAGGAUCAGAUCUGGCUUCGCUUUCGCUGUACCAUAAAGCUUUGGUUGAGAUCGAUGAAGAUGGUGCAGAGGCUGCGGCUGUUACUGUUUUUUUAAGCUGUGGUGGUAGAGGCUUCAGCAGUGGUAGGAGGAUAGAUUUUGUGGCUAAUCAUCCAUUUCUUUUUAUCAUAAGAGAAGACAAAACAGGAACCGUUUUGUUCGUUGGUCAGAUCUUUGAUCCCUCUAAAUCUGCCUCUGCUUAG